AUGACCAGGCCGCUGGUCAGACGUCGCAAUUUUUUUCAAAUUUUUGUAUCCGGUAGUAAAUUAGCUCUAGUUUUAUUUAUUUACAUAUUUAUACCUUUAAAAUGGCCGGUGAUAAAUUAAUUACUUCCCAGAUUAGUAGAAACGAAGUUAUCGGUUUAGUAUUUCGUUUGACAUUGUUUGGUGCCCUUACAUAUUUCGGAGUUAAAUGGAUGGUAAAAGCCUUGGACCCUACUAGAAAACAAAAAGUUGAAGCACAAAAAAGGGCAGAGAGAAUUCUAAAUAGGAUUGGUGUCAAAAAUGUGACAUUAAGUGAAUACGAGCUCUCGAUUGCUGCUCAGCUGGUUGAUCCCGCAACCAUUAACAUUUCUUGGGUGGAUAUUGCUGGAUUGGAAGAUAUUAUUCAAGAAAUCCGGGAAACAGUUAUCCUGCCCAUACAAAAGCGAGAACUCUUUUCAGGGUCCAUGCUCAUACAACCUCCCAAAGGUGUUCUUCUGCAUGGACCUCCAGGUUGUGGGAAGACAAUGAUAGCUAAAGCUACUGCGAGAGAAGCUGGUGCACGCUUCAUUAAUUUGGAAGUUUCCGCACUGACUGACAAGUGGUAUGGUGAAAGUCAAAAGUUAGCUGCUGCAGUUUUCACUUUGGCUAUAAAGAUACAGCCAUGUAUUAUUUUCAUUGAUGAAAUCGAUUCCUUUCUGAGGUCGAGGGAUUCGUUUGACCAUGAGGCGACUGCCAUGAUGAAAGCUCAGUUCAUGAGCCUGUGGGAUGGCCUCAUCACUGACCCCGAGUGCCAAGUGAUAGUAAUGGGGGCCACUAACCGGCCACAGGAUGUAGACAGGGCGAUUCUCAGGAGAAUGCCUGCCAUGUUCCACAUUGGAUUACCAAAUCAGAAGCAAAGGAUGGGUAUUAUUAAACUAGUUUUGGAAAAUGAAGUGAUUUCAGAAGAUGUGGACAUCAGUAAGAUAGCCCACAUGACAGAUGGAUUCUCGGGCAGCGAUCUUCGAGAAUUGUGUCGUAAUGCAGCUCUGUACAGGGUACGAGAUUACUGCAAAGAAGAAUUGAGACUGGAAGCUCAAUCAGACAGUCCAUCUGAUACAGAAGUUUAUCAUGAUGCUCUGCGCCCCAUAAACAUGGCAGACUUCGAUAACGCUCUGGACCGAAUGAGAGAUUCUAAAGUACACGCUGGGAUGAAAAUCAAACCCAGGGUUCCAGAUUUAGAUUAAUGUUUUCGCAUUUGUAGACUUGAAAGCUCGAAAUAGAAAUAGCUUGUUAUAGCUUUAAACUUCCAUCAUUGCAUGUGUUUUUUUUUUCCAUCUUACAAGGCAGUUGGUGUUUGUACAUAAGAACUCUAAUAAAAAGAAAUGUACAUAUGAUGUGUAAAAGUUUAUUCUGUACAUUGUGAUACAUUGUUAAUAAAGUUGUCAUCUGGGUACUUAAAAUGACAUAAAUAGCUAUA